AUGGAGAUGAACCACCUCAUAGGUCAGCGUUUCAACCUGAUCUCGAAAAGUGACAUUCGUUAUGUCGGUACUCUUCACGAAAUCAACCCCGAAGCUUCUACGAUAGCUCUUGAGAAUGUCAUGUCAUUUGGCUCGGAAGGGCGCCGUGGCAACCCCGCCGAUGAAGUUCCCCCUCCACCAGCGUCUACGAGAAGUGAUGUGAAGGACAUUAGCAUUGCCGCGGAGGACCAGAAGGAUCCCGCACCGCAAGAACCACCUCGGGUUCCGGAUGACCCUGCUAUUCUUGGGGGCGCGCAACGACCUGUUCCUGCCCAAGGGCCUGACUUAGGACCUGCUCCAUCGAAUCUUCCUUCCCAGGGCCCUCCACAGGGUCCGCCCCAGCUUCCCCAGGGAGCUGGCCCAACUCCUCCCGGUUACCCCCAGCAGCCCCAAUUCCAGCCAGGCUUCUACCCACCAUAUGGACAGCAGCGAUUUGGACCACCUCCUCCAUUCCCUCCGGGUCCUGGUUUCCAGCCAUAUGGCGCUCCUCCCGGAUGGUACCCACCUCCAGGCCAUGGAUUCCCCCCUGGCCCCGGUCAGUUCCAACCUCCGAUGCCCAUUGGCCCUGGUCAGCAGUCUGGACCUCAGCAGUCUGGGCCCCAGCAGCCUGCACCUCAGCGCCCGGGACCUCCCGGUGCUGCUCCCGCGCCUAAGCCUACCUCUGAUAUUCCGGUCGGGGACAAGGUUCCCAACAAGUCUACGAACCGUAACGCAACUCCUGCAGCUCAGAACGCCCCCACUCCUCCGAUCGAGUCCAAGCCUACUGUGGCUGAAGCUUUGCAAGGUCCUGUCAGCACUGCUCCUCUGAAUGUUCCUCAGAAGAAUGGCCGAGUCAUGCCGGCUAUCCCAAUCGCUGCCGCAAAGCCCACUCCGACCGCCCACAUUCCUACCGCUCCUCGGGGAAAUACUCAGUCUAUCACUGAUGCCACUGCGGCCGCCACUGCUGCCGUUGCUGCCGCCAUGGCUAAGUUGCCGCAGCCUGGUGCUCAAAAGCAGCCCGGACAGCCCGAAAGUGCUGUGGACGCGCUUACGCAGCAGAUGAAUCACAUGCGCCCUUACGACAAUACCCGUCCUCCCCGAGGCGGUCACCACCACCCUCGUGGUGGACGCGGCGCUGCUCGUCCUCCGCAACAGCCCAAGAAAAUCGAAGUGCCCCAAUCGGAUUACGAUUUCCAAACCGCAAACGCCAAGUUUAACAAGCAGGAUUUGGUCAAAGAGGCCAUUGCCACUGGAAUUCCUGUUGCUGAGGCUGAGGCCCAUGCAGCUGAGGAGGCGGUAUCUAUGGAAUCCAUGUCAAACGGCGGCAGCACUUCGGCCCAUGGAUACAACCGCGGUUCUUCCUUCUUUGACAACAUCUCUAGUGAGGCUCGUGAUCGUGAGGAAAACACCGCCCGUGUUGGUGGUCGUGAAUGGCGCGGCGAGGAGGAGAAACGCAAUAUGGAAACCUUCGGACAGGGCAGCGUUGAUGGCUACCGCCCCAACUACCGCGGUCGUGGCCGUGGCCGCGGCGGCUAUGGUCGUGGUCGAGGUGGAGGUGGUUACAGUCGUGGCUACGGCCGUGGCCGUGGCGGCCGAGUCCCUUCGGAGUCUACAGGUGUCCCAUCCCAGGGUUAG